AAAGACUAAGAUUGAAGAUUCAGAGCACAAAGAUUAAGACCAAGGAGAGGAGGUCGAAAAGAAGCUAUGCUUAUAUUAGAAUGAAAGAGCGGAGUUACACCCAGAUAAUUAUGAAGAAAUCCAGUUGAGCUCCCAAUUUAUAUGGGAUGCAUUUGCUGAAAAUAAGCUAAUUCAUCCUCAGAGAUAAUAAAGUUGAGAAAUAUUUCAACAAUAUUUUUUAGCAUUGCUAUCAAUUAAACACUGGAUGAGAUUCAAGUCUUUAAUCUUCUUCAAACUUUCAGUCGGUCAUAUCUAUUAUCUCACCAACAACGUAACUGGAGGAAGGUAUCCUUACUAUUUCAAUGUCUUCUUCCAAUACUAAAUGAAGAUGGGUUAAAGUAUCAAAUUUAUCUUUGGAUAUGAACUAGCUACACUUUUAUCUAUGAAAGCAUUUUAGGUUCAAUGAUACUUUAUAGCUCCUGAAAUCUAACAGAGUUUAUUUUUCAUGCUUCAGUCAAAUUGAUGUUGAAGAUCUUGCUCAAGUUCAUACAACUUCUCUAGCUCAGAGAAUUUUAUCAGCUGGGGGCUAAAAGAUGGUGAAACAUCCAAAAUGUUCAGUGAAGAAAGUACUGAGAACAAGCAUACCCCAGAAUGAGCAAGACUUGCUGCUGGAAGUUCUCUCCAAACAAUGAAAGAUGUGGUGACAUCUCCAUUUACUUCCAAGGCUGCAUCCUCUUUGAUGAGACCUCCUUGUCAUCAUGGUACAGAAGGAUAUUCAAACGGGUAUUGAUUUUUCAACAAUGCAGCUAUUGCUGCUCAUUUUGUAAUCAAGAGUUACAAUCUUAAACGUUUCUUGAUACUUGACUGGGAUGUAAGUCAUUGAGAUGAAACUCAAGAAAUAUUUUAUGAAUCAUCAAAAGUAUUCUUUAUAUCUGUUCACAGAUGGGAAAUGGAAAAUAUUUCCUUUAUAAGAACUGCUCAGGCUACACCUAUUUGGGCAGUAAGCAAGGAGAAGUGUUCAACCUCAAUGUACCAUGAAAUACCACUGAGGAGAAAGACGAUCUCAGUGAAAUAGAGGCUAAAUAAUACCAAUUUCUUUUUGAGAACCUCUUAUUUUACAUAAUGGCAGAGUUCGAUCCAGAGCUAAUCAUUGUCAGUGCAGGAUUUGACUCAGCUAAAGGAUAUCCUCUUGGUCUCCAAUAAGUGGAUCAUUAAUUUUAUUCUUGGCUUUGAGUAAAUUUACAAAAGGUAUUCCCCAAAAAUAGUAAUGGUCUUAGAAGGAGGAUACUGAAUGAAUACUUUAGCCAAUUGAUAUGUUCUCAAUGCUAAAGCUUUGACAAGGUAUGCAUAAGAAUUUAUCGGAGAAGAAGUAACUCAAGAGGAUCUUAUCCCGGAGCCAUUUCAAUCUAUGAUCGACACUGCAAAAGCUCACUCAAAGUAUUGGAAAUCAGCCCAACACUUCAUUGCUAAAUAUGCA